UCCCUUACCCCCGGCGAGCGGCACAGUCAGUCACUCAGUCAGUUACUGAAUUCAGCUCUCUUUCUCUGAUCUUUCUGCCUCCGCACCUCCGCACGAAUAUGGAUUUCGGCGGCGGCGACGAUGAUCACGAACACUUCCACACUCUCCUCUCCGAGCACCACCGAGAACUCAUGGCGGCCGAAUCACUCGAUUCCGACCUCGAUUUCGCCUACAGCCUCCAACUGCAGGAAGCCAUCAACGCUUCCCUCUCCCUCGUUCCCUCCACUUCUUCCUCCCCACCACCUCUCCCCGCCACCGCAGUUCUCUUCCCCGAGACAAUUGGCGCCACCUCCUCCACCUCCGCUCCCAAGCUCCAGUCCGACGAAAUCGCCAGGCUUCAACAGGAGAUCAACGACCGGAGGCAAUCCGAAUUCGAGAUGAAGCGGAUGAGGGAGGAUCUCAACCGCCGGAUCCACGAUCAGGAGGUCGCGCAGGAGAUACUCAGUAUCCCCGAAGAUGAUUGGUUCGAUUGGGGGGAUGAAUUCGAGAGGCCGUUCGGGGAAGGGAGCUCGAAGACCACCGCUGUCACAGGGAAUCGCCUCGGUGGUGGCGGCAUCUUCAGGCUGUAUUUCAAGGGUUUGGUCAGUGAAGAGCGGGUUAACGGUCAGACGGUGGUUUUGGCUGGGAUUGGCGUGGCGAUAUGCGACCCGCUUGAGAAUUUGGUUUUUGAGGUUAGGAAGCCACUGAUCGGUGAAAGGAGCAGAGGUGCUGCAGAAAUUAAGGCUCUCAUCGAAGGGCUAAACGCCGCUCUUGCGUUGGACCUCAAAAGGAUUGUGGUCUUCUAUGAUUACUAUCCACUUUAUCAGUUCGUUACUGGAAGAUGGCCUCCAAAGCAGCGCAAGGUUGCCAUGUCAAUGAAUCAGGUGUCCAUUUUGUACAGAAAAUUUGAGUUUUGCAAUUCAAGUCUGAUACCCCGUUAUGCCAUCAGACUUGCCUUUAAGCUUGCCAGGGAUUCUAUAGUCUCACAGCUCGCAGGAGGGCCUUCAGAAUUCGUCCAUGCAAAGACUUCUCCUCACGAGACCUGUGUUAUCUGUUUAGAAGAUACUGAUGUUGAUCGCAUGUUCUCAGUUGACCAGUGCAGUCAUAGGUUCUGUUUUUCAUGCAUGAAGCAGCAUGUAGAGGUGAAGUUGCUUCAUGGUAUGGUGCCUCAAUGUCCCAGUGAUGGCUGCAAGUCUGAGCUUAAGGUUGACAGCUGUCAGAAGUUUUUGACACCUAAACUCAUUGAAACAAUGCAGUUGAGAAUAAAGGAAGCUUCAAUUCCAGCUACUGAGAAAGUAUACUGUCCGUACCCGAAGUGCUCGGCACUAAUGUCAAAAAGUGAGGCAUAUGCUUUUGUUGGUUCUGAAAGAACCCCUGCUAGGAAAUGCUUGAAAUGCCAUGGCCUUUUCUGUAUAGACUGUAAGGUUCCUUGGCAUAGUGCUAUGGAUUGUGAUAUGUACAAAAGGGUUAACCCGAACCCUCCUGAAGAUGCGAAACUGAAGUUUCUUGCAUCGAGGAAUCUAUGGCGCCAGUGUAAGAAGUGCAACCAUAUGAUUGAACUUGCGGAAGGUUGUUAUCACAUGACGUGCAGAUGUGGGAACGAAUUCUGCUACAACUGUGGUGCUGAGUGGAAGGAUAAGAAAGCAACGUGUUCUUGCCCACUGUGGGUUGAAGAUAAUAUUUUGCACGAAGAUGAAUUGGGUUUGUCUGACCAGGAGGAACACUUUCAGGAGGAUGAGUUCGAGGACUACUGGGAUACAGAUUCUGAUGAUUUCUUCUGAACAUUUUAUGAGAAAGAAAUAAACCUACCGAAACAUCCCUUCUCGGCUAUGGUUUGGACGAAAUAAAGAAAUCCAAGAUCAAAUUGUCGAAAGAAUGAAUAGCAAAUGGCUGGAGCCUGGAGCCCUUAACUGCUUACUCUCUAGUCUCUUCCAGCUCGACUGCAGUCUUUUUUCUUUUCUUUGUUCUGUUAGGGUGAUACCCACUUAGAAGUUGUCAAGUUAGGAUUUAUUGGGAAUGUAUAGUUAUUUACUUAUUUAAUUUGUAAUUUAUUGUUUUUGUAAUUUUAACAGUGAAUUCAAUAAAAGUGUUUAAUGGUAGGUUACUGUGUAUACAGCUUGCUUCAACAAAGGACGGAACGAAGUGAAUUGAACAAAG